CUUCUCCGAAAUCAUCAUACCCAGGCAAACACGCUUCUCUGCGCUCCUGAAGAGCAGAAAGUUGACAUGAUAGUCAGGAGUAUCGCAAGAUGCUCCGCCACGCGAAGACUACCUCUCUGCCGACCUCGACUGCUCCAAGCUGAACCGCGACGAUACUCGACUUCCACUUCUGCAGUCACAACUCCCAAUGGAGCUUCACAGGCUUCGAUGCUGGGAGCUUUUACGAGCGAGUUAGAUAAGAUAGCGCCGAAGUUUGAGAUUGAAGGGUCGCAGAUACAGAUCUUGCGUACGCCGUUGGAGUUUUACGAGACGUUGAAGGCCAAGAUACUGGGAGCAGAGAACCGCAUAUUUCUGUCUACAUUGUACAUAGGGAAAACAGAACAUGAACUUAUUUCUACGCUUCAGCAAGCUCUCCGAGCUAAACCAAGAUUAAAACUCAGCAUUCUGACCGAUGCCCUUCGAGGGACUCGAGAAUCGCCCGACCCAUCAUGUGCCUCCUUAUUAGCACCCUUGGUCACCGAGUUCGGCCCAGAAAGGGUAGAAAUCCGCAUGUAUCACACGCCGAACCUGACUGGACUGCGAAAGAAGUACAUUCCAAAGAGGAUUAACGAAGGAUGGGGAUUACAGCACAUGAAAUUGUACGGGAUGGAUGAUGAGAUAAUUCUCUCAGGCGCCAAUCUCUCAACCGACUACUUCACCAACCGCCAGGAUAGAUACCACGUCUUCAGCUCCAAGGAAAUAACAGAUUACUUCCGCUCCAUCCAUGAUGCCGUCUCGCACCUCUCAUUCCUCGUCAAUCCCUCGGCUCAAGACCCAGCUGGAUACACCCUUUCCUGGCCAGCCCCAAACCUUGCGCCUUCGCCGUUAAUCUCACCACGGGCAUACGUAAAGCACUCAUCCGCCGUGCUAUUGCCACUCAUCCAACCCCCGGCUGUCCCCUCCCGUUCCUCAUCAUCCGCCUCCGCCCCUUCUUCCGAGACAAGCAAGGGAACAAACACAACAAUCUACCCCCUUCUCUCCCUAACCCAGCUCUUUCCCCCUUCGAGCCCGUCCACCGCCUCUUCAACCGAAGCGCCUGCUCUGUCCUCCAUUCUAACCACUCUUUCCCAACCACAAUACAGCACCUCAAGCUGGACAUUCACAGCAGGCUACUUCAACCCGUCUCCUUUCCUCGUUAACCUCCUUCUGCGCACCGCCUCCAUCCAGAACACCGUAAUCACCGCCUCUCAACAAGCCAAUGGAUUCUACGGCUCUAAAGGCGUAUCUGGACUACUUCCCCCAGCGUACACAUUACUUUCUCGUCGAUUUCUAGAGCGCGCCGAAAAAGAGAGAAGGAAAGUAGACAUUGGACUCAAGGAAUGGAGACGUGGAACGGUGGGGGAAGACGGAGGGUGGACGUACCACGCCAAAGGGCUGUGGAUUUCGGUCCCCUCUCCCUCCUCACUCUCUCCACCUUCACCAUCUUCACCAGAAAAAGAGGGAGUCAGCAUCUCAGUAGUCGGCAGCAGCAACUACACGCAGCGCUCCUACGCCCUCGAUCUCGAAGCCGGCGCCUGCAUCAUAACCUCCGAUCCUUCCCUCCAACAGCGAUUAAAAGAAGAGAAGGAUCAUCUUGGGGAGUAUGCAGGUGUCGUGACGAGAGAUGAUUUCGCGAGGAGUGAGAGGAGGGUGGGCUUGCAGGUAAGGAUUGCGAUGUGGAUUGUGGGGCUUGUUGGGGGGGCUUUGUAAUAUAUUAUAAUAGAAAGGGGUGGUUGUACAAGUUGAGUUAGGGACAUUGAGAUCUAAGAGAUAAUGGAUGUACCAAUUCUAUACAGGAUAAUGAAAUUCGCUAUCUGGUAAAUGUACCAGCCCUCUCUGGGACAUCGAAAUUCACAGUUUGCUAAAUGUACCAGUUCUAGCUGUUACAUUGAAAAU